AUGAAUGCACCUACAAACGCGACGCAAGCCAAAGAACGGCUUUACGCACAAUUGGCGACCAGCUUCAAACGGAUGAAUCGCACCAUGAGCCAAAAUGCGGAUCUUUGGGAACAAAUGCAAGUAGAUCUUCAUUCAAUGCGAACGUUUGCUGGACUGGACGCGGCUCGCUUCAUGACUAUUGCGAGCUCUUUGAAUCCUGAAGAACCCGAGGUGAUUGAUGCCCAACGGAGUUCAGAGGAAAAAUCAUAG